AUGAUCGAGAUUGAAGGCAAAGGGUUCAAGUACAUCGUGAACACGACAUUCAGCGAGAACCUCGGCCAGGCUGGCCGCGCCGACAUGUCUUGCCACUGGGAGGACACGGACGCCGCGGUGCAGGAGAUGUUCUCGAACGAUACGAUGAUCGUUGUCUGCCUCGCGUACGCCGUGCGUGUGUGA